UUUCGAGUCUUUAGUCUGUUGCUAGGUGCCGAACAAAGUAGUUGAGUCUGGGGGAAUUGACAUUCUGGGUCAGCUAGUGGCAUUUUAAUAUUACAUAGGAGUGUGUGCAAUAUAAGACUCUUUUUUGAAAAGAGAGCCACUGGAGAUCACUUUUUUUGCACCAAAAAAGAGGUAUCUCUCAGUGGUGCAGAGUGGCUGACUCCUUUUGUUCGCAACCAGCCCCUGUGAGCAAAAAAAAAUUAAUUAAAAGUGUAAAGGGACGCUCUCGUGGGCGAGCCCAGCGUGUGUAACUGCUCUUGUGAAGUAUAUAAGAGAGCUAAAAGUGAGGUUAGAUUUCACGCAAAAAUCAUCAUUCCAGUUAAUUUUUUGCGGAAUUAUUGCCUCAAAGAUAAGCCGAAACACCUGGAAGGGUACAAGAGCAUUUUUCCAGAACGUUCUAACACAUCGUCGUGGUGUAUUCGCAGUGCGCAAGGCAAUUGCAGAACUCUUUCGGAAAAUUGUGAAACGGCGUUUUGAGAUAAAACACGCGUUCUUGAGAAAGAAUAAAUUUAAGAAAAAAAUCAAGGCGUUGCAUCCAAAGUUCAGGAAGUGCGGAAAAAAAUUUUAUAUAAAAGAAAAUUCAAUCCUGAAAGUCUCAGAGGCGGAGAAUUUCGCUUGGCUUGACAUUUUCGUACUCUGUGUGUGCUAAAAAUAACGCACCUUCCUAUAGACAAGACACGAAGGAGUGGAAGAAGAAGCCAAGUCAGAGAGACCAAACACGUGCCUUGAGAAAAGGAAGCUAACACAUACAUCUAUACACGGGUUUUCUUUUUUUUUGGAACACUGUGAUAAACGAAAGAAGAAGACGUUAAAAGGAGGAAAAGAAGACUGGUGUACAAGAAACGUUCAAGGCAGGAAUUUAAAGAAGAGAUCAUUAGACUGGAGAAGAAUACGCUAAACAUGUCGCUUGAGCAAGGACCAAAUAUUUCCCUUGGUGGUGAUGUUGUGGAGGAUUUUUACAUUUUCCUCAAGGACCUUCUCGAUAGGUAUCUGGACAUUGGUGAGGAUCUCAAUGUACCAGAUGAUUUCACACAGAGCGAAAUGCAAACGGGCAUGUGGUGGAGACAUUUGGCGGCUGGUGGAAUUGCAGGAGCAGUUUCGAGAACAUGCACAGCACCUCUUGAUAGAUUAAAAGUCUUUCUACAGGUACAGUCGUCAAAGCAGAGAAUCUCAGAUUGUCUCAAAUACAUGCUCAAGGAAGGCGGUGUGGGGAGUCUGUGGCGCGGAAAUGGUAUAAAUGUACUCAAAAUUGCCCCUGAGAGUGCAAUAAAGUUUGCAGCUUAUGAAAAAGUAAAGCGCCUCAUACGGGGCAAUGAGAAACGUCAAAUGACCAUCUAUGAGAGAUUUAUAGCAGGUGCAUGUGCCGGUGGGGUGAGUCAGACGGCAAUUUAUCCGCUUGAGGUGCUAAAGACGCGUCUUGCAUUGCGAAAGACGGGCCAGUAUUCGGGUAUUCUUGAUGCAGCAAAGAAAAUUUACGUAACAGAAGGCAUCAGGAGCUUCUAUCGGGGCUACAUUCCAAAUAUGCUUGGUAUUAUUCCAUAUGCUGGAAUUGAUUUAGCAGUAUAUGAGACACUGAAGAAGAAGUAUCUCAGCACGCAGGAGAACAAACAACCCGGAUUACUGCUCCUUUUAGCAUGUGGAAGUGCAUCCAGUACACUUGGACAAGUUUGUUCGUACCCUCUGGCCCUUGUGAGAACCAGAUUGCAAGCACAAGUUAUCGCAGCUGGGAAAGCGGGCCAGGCAUUGAGUGAGCAACAGCAAACAAGCAUGGUGGGACUGUUCCGGCACAUCCUAAAGAAUGAGGGUGUUCUUGGGUUGUAUCGUGGUAUAACGCCGAACUUCAUCAAAGUUCUACCAGCUGUCUCCAUUAGCUAUGUGGUGUAUGAGUACUCCAGUCGCGCCCUUGGCGUCAACAUGACGUGAUGCAGAUGCUCUCUCCAACUACUAGCCCAUUUUUCAAUUGAAAUCUAUCUCUAAGUUUUUUUAGGCGAAUAUUUUCAGUGAUCCUUGUGGGAUCAGAAAAAGUGUAGAGAAAAGAAAAGUUAAUUUUGAUCCUCCAUCCAACUGAGAAGAAGGAGAAAAAUCAGACUUUUUUUGCCAAUGAUCUCAAACAAGGAUCAACAGAAUAAAAGAAGAAAACUAAACUUUUAAAAUGGUUAACUUAAUUAAUUUAUAUAAAAUGAGAUAAAAAAAAAUGAGAUGUAACAUUAGAGAAGAAGCAAAUAGUGGGAUAAUGGAAAACAAUACAACAUGAAAGAAAAACUAGACAAUUUUAAUGAUAAAACUCACAAGAUCUCGCAAAUGGAGAAACUAUAAAGUUUUUUUUUUUUAAUUAAAUUAAACAAACGAGAAAACCUCCUUGAUAUUCUUUUAUUUCUUCGAUGGAGAAAACAAAAGCAUGGGAAGGGGUAUAAAAGACAAAAAGUUUAAAAGAAAUUCAAGAGACAAGACAUGCAAAGAGAGAGCUAGAGGGAGAAUUCUUCAAUUCUAUUUUAUUUUUGGCAAUUGAGAGGAAUGUCUUGCACUCUAAGCUGCAUUUUUAUGGUAUCUUUGUGAGUUUUUUUUUAAAUAGUUGAUAAAGAAAAUAUUUAAUUUAACACCCAAAAGUAUAAUAUUAUUUAUUUAUUUAAAUAGAAUGAGAAGCAAAUUAUCUGUGGAGAGGGAAAAAUCAUUCAUUUUGCUAUAGACAUUUUUUUUUAUAAUUAAAUUGGCAUUUGAUCUUAUUUUUUUUUAAUUUUACAAAAGAAACCAUUUUGAAAAAAAGAAAUCUUUUUUUGUCAAUAGUUAAUAAAGAUUCUGUGAUGUUAUAUUUAAUGAAAAAACAAAAGAAAGAUAUGAGAAAGGAAAAAAACGAGGAAAUUCCGUACAAUUCUUUAAAAAUAAUUUUGACGAAAAUACUUGGAUUUAUUGUAGGAUGUUUAAAAGAAGAAAAAAAGAUCAUUGAUAAUUUCUUAGGUAGGCCUAUAAACAAAUUAGUAAAAAAAACAAAAUAUUCUAUGAAUGUACCAUUUUUUAUAAUUAUAUUGGAAAAAGGAAAACCUUUUAAAAAGUCUUUACCUCUGAUUGUUGAAAGAAAAAAAUUGGAUUGAUAUUGGCAUCACUCGUAAGAAAAAUUAAAAUAUAUUUAAAUUGAAUGAAAAAAUAUUAAGAAAGUUUAAAGCUUCACAAAAAUACAUUUCUUAUGAAAUUAUACAAAAAAAAUUUAAAUAAAUCGCUUAAUAAAAAAUGUUAAAAAGCACAA